AUGUCCCGUUCGUCCACGCCGGCUUUGCCCAUGUACAAUGCCUCGAGGCAGGAUCUAGCUCCCCCUGAACACUCUCGUCCACCAUUGACCCGCCUAAGGACUCCGCAAACCGUCACAGCCAACCAUGCAGUCCUCACACCUCAGGAAACCGCUACUCGUCUGUCCACCUCGUUGACGCAUGGCCUGCAACCCAACGAAGCCGCCACACGCCUCCAUAGCGAUGGCCCAAACGAACUACCUCACGAGGAACCCGAGCCGCUAUGGCUACGCUUCGUCAAACAAUUCCAAGAGACUUUGAUAUUGUUACUAUUGGCAUCUGCCUUCAUCUCGGCAAUCAUGGGCAAUCUGGAGGACGCCAUCAGUAUCGCCAUUGCCGUCCUGAUAGUAGUCACGGUCGCUUUCGUGCAGGAAUACCGUUCUGAAAAAUCCAUGGAAGCAUUGAACUCGCUCGUACCUCAUUCCGCCCAUGUCAUUCGCAGCGCCGAACGUAGACCCGACAAUGACACUCUGGAGGAAGCCGAAAAGAUUCCCUUGGCCACGGCCGAAAAGGCAUCUGUAACCAUACCCGCUGGCCAAUUGGUUGUCGGAGAUCUCGUCCUGUUUCAUACUGGCGAUCGCAUUCCUGCCGACAUCCGUAUCACCCGUGCCGCCGACCUGUCCAUUGACGAAUCUAACCUGACUGGCGAGAACGAGCCUGUGCACAAGUUUGCAACAAGCAUCACAGCAUCAAAAAGAGAAGGAUACCCUAGCUCGCCUGUGUACGCCUCUGAGGCUUCGGGUACUGUGGGUGCAGACCUUCGCCUGAACGAGCAGAAAAACAUUGCUUUCAUGGGAACACUGGUUCGCUCAGGUUACGGUCAAGGUAUUGUCAUUGGUACUGGAGGCAAUACUGAGUUCGGUGCCAUCUCUGCUUCGCUGCAAGAGAUUGAAAGCCCUCGUACACCUCUUCAACUUUCUAUGGACAACCUUGGCAAGGAGCUCAGUUACAUGUCUUUCGGAAUCAUCGCCUUCAUUAUGCUCAUAGGUUUCAUUCGUGGCAGACCAUUCCUGGAGUUGUUCCAGAUUGGUGUCUCUCUUGCAGUCGCUGCUAUUCCUGAAGGUCUGCCCAUCAUUGUCACCGUCACACUGGCCCUUGGAGUUCUACGUAUGUCAAAAAGACAUGCAAUUGUGAGAAGACUCCCAAGUGUAGAGACACUCGGCUCUGUCAAUGUUAUUUGCAGCGACAAGACAGGAACCCUCACAAUGAACCACAUGACUGUCACCAAGAUGUGGCACUUUGACGACGAAGCGCCUGUAGAUGUCGUCAAGGUACAUGCCAAGGCCCCCUCGGAUUCUGCUACACGCACCAUUCUUCGUAUUGGUAACAUUGUAAACAAUGGAAGAUUGGGAUCCGAGUCAUCUUCUCAUGCUACAGCAGCUUCGGCCGCCAUCCUUUCCUCGACUAUGGGAGGUGAUCUCACGAAUGCGAAAAGUCGAUGGACUGGUCAGCCAACUGAUGUCGCGCUUCUGGAUCUCUUGGACGCAUUUGGUGAAGACGACAUAAGACCAAACGUUGGAAGCAGGCGCAACGAGACACCAUUCAGCUCUGAGCGCAAAUGGAUGGGAGUAGUCAUUCACAACCCACACGAGCCCAAUGGAGCUGCAACUGCCUAUAUCAAGGGUGCUCUCGAACGUGUUCUCGGUCGAUGCGAUACCUACAUGACCUCACAGGGACGUGAAGUUGUCCUCGACGAGCAGAGGCGUCAAGAAGCGCUGAAAGCAGCUGAAAACAUGGCUCAAGAUGGACUUCGUGUUCUCGGCCUGGCAAGUGGAUCUGUCCGUGAAUCCAAGGAUCGUCGCACGUCUCGUGGUUCUUCUCCCAAGCCUGAAGGCUCAUCAUUGGCAGCUGACGACCAUCUCUACACUGGACUCUGUUUUGCUGGUCUGGUGGGUAUGAAUGAUCCACCUCGCAAGGGUGUGGAUCGUUCUAUUCGCCGUCUCAUGGCUGGUGGAGUCAAAGUCAUCAUGAUUACUGGUGAUGCCGAGACCACCGCUGUAGCCAUUGCAAAGAAGCUAGGCAUGCCUAUCAACAUGUCAUCAUCACUUGGUUCCCCAGUGCUGCGUGGUGAUCAGCUGGAUCAGAUGAGUGAUGAAGACCUCGCUCAAGCAAUUUCGACCACCUCCGUCUUUGCAAGAACAAGCCCGGACCACAAGAUGAAGAUCAUUCGAGCAUUGCAAUCAAGAGGAGAUGUUGUAGCCAUGACUGGCGAUGGCGUGAACGAUGCACCUGCCCUCAAAAAGGCAGACAUUGGCAUAGCAAUGGGCAAAUUAGGAACCGAUGUGGCCAAGGAAGCUGCCGACAUGAUCCUUACCAACGACGACUUCAGCACCAUUCUUGCAGCCAUCGAAGAAGGCAAAGGAAUCUUCCACAACAUCCAAAACUUCUUGACCUUCCAGCUCAGCACAUCUGCCGCUGCCCUUGGUCUUGUCAUGUUGAGCAGCGCUUUCGGCUAUAAGAACCCAUUGAACGCCAUGCAGAUCCUCUGGAUCAACAUCCUGAUGGAUGGACCUCCUGCCCAGUCAUUGGGUGUAGAGCCCGUAGACAAGACUAUGCUGCAACUCCCACCUCGACCCCGUCACGCUCGCGUCCUUACUCCUCGCCUUAUCCGCCGCGUCCUGCAAUCCGCACUCGUCAUCAUGGCAGGCACGCUUUAUACCUACAUCUCCAAUUUAUCCUCCACCGACCUCGCAUCCCACGAAGUCACACCCCGCGACACAACCCUCACAUUCACAGCCUUUGUCCUGUUCGACAUGUUCAACGCCCUUACCUGCCGCUCCGCCACUAAAUCCCUUCUUCUGGGCGAAAUCAAAUUUACAGGCCAUAAAGCUAAUGCCAUGUUCAACUAUGCCGUGGCAGGCAGUUUGCUAGGCCAGGCUUUGGUGAUCUAUUUCCCGCCGCUGCAGGGAGUGUUCCAGACUGAGGCGCUUGGUCUGAGAGACUUGGUGGGGUUGGUGUUGCUUGCAUCGACGGUGUUCUGGGUCGAUGAGGGGAGGAAGUGGUAUGAGAGGAAAAUUGCAAAGGGCAACGUGCUUGGUGGGUACAGUAGUAGGGUGUAA